AUGCCCCACGAUCCUCGCAUGCCACCUUCUCCUCCGCCGGAAACGCCGCCACCCUGGUGGGAUGUGGAUUGGGACGAUCUGUUCAACAAGGUGAAGGAGCACAUAAACUCGGUCGCCGCCAUGAAGCUGUCACCGUACUACAAGGUCUUCGAGGAGGAGGCCCUGACCUGGGAGGAGAAGCUGAACAGGAUCAACGCCCUUUUCGAUGUUUGGAUCGACGUGCAGAGGCGCUGGGUGUACCUCGAGGGCAUAUUCUCGGGAAGCGCUGACAUCAAGACUCUGCUCCCCGUGGAGAUCUCUCGUUUCCAGAGCAUCAGCUCCGAGUUCCUUGGACUGAUGAAGAAGGUGACCAAGUCGCCCAAGGUCAUGGACGUUUUGAACAUCCCAGCAGUCCAGCGGUCCCUGGCCGAUCUGCUGGGCAAGAUCCAGAAGGCCCUGGGAGAGUAUCUGGAGCGCGAGAGAACCUCGUUCCCGCGAUUCUACUUCGUGGGAGACGAGGAUCUGCUGGAAAUCAUCGGCAACAGCAAGAACAUCGCCCGGCUGCAGAAGCACUUCAAGAAGAUGUUUGCCGGCGUGGCCGCCAUCCUCCUGAACGAGGAGAACAAUGUGAUCCUGGGCAUAUCGUCGCGCGAGGGCGAGGAGGUGCACUUCAUUAACCCAGUGUCCACGGUGGAGCACCCCAAGAUCAAUGAGUGGCUGUCGCUUGUGGAGAAGCAGAUGCGCUUCACGCUGGCCUCUCUUCUGGCCCAGGCCGUGCAGGACAUCAAGCAGUUCCGCGACGGAAAGAUCGACCCACAGGCUUACAUGGAGUGGUGCGACAAGUACCAGGCCCAGAUCGUGGUCCUGGCCGCCCAGAUUCUCUGGUCUGAGGAUGUUGAGACAGCCCUGCAGCAGGCGUCCGAGAACAACAACGCCAAGCCCAUGCAGCGCGUCCUCGGCAACGUGGAGAGCACUCUGAAUGUUCUGGCAGACUCUGUUCUGCAGGAGCAGCCUCCCCUGCGCCGCCGCAAGCUGGAGCACUUGAUCAACGAGUUUGUGCACAAGCGCACGGUGACUCGCCGACUGAUCACCAAUGGCGUGACUUCCCCCAAAUCCUUCCAGUGGCUGUGCGAGAUGCGCUUCUACUUCGAUCCCCGCCAGACGGAGGUGCUGCAGCAGCUGACCAUCCACAUGGCGAACGCUCGCUUCUUCUACGGCUUCGAGUACUUGGGGGUGCAAGAUCGAUUGGUGCAGACCCCUCUAACGGAUCGCUGCUAUCUGACCAUGACCCAGGCUCUGGAAUCUCGGCUGGGAGGUUCUCCGUUCGGACCGGCAGGCACAGGAAAAACCGAGUCCGUGAAGGCUUUGGGCAACCAGCUAGGUCGCUUCGUUCUGGUCUUCAAUUGCGAUGAGACGUUCGACUUCCAGGCCAUGGGCCGAAUCUUUGUCGGCUUGUGCCAGGUGGGCGCCUGGGGAUGCUUCGACGAGUUCAAUCGACUGGAGGAGCGCAUGCUCUCCGCCUGCUCGCAGCAGAUCCAAACCAUCCAGGAGGCGUUGAAGUACGAGAUGGACAGCAACAAGGAGAGCAUCUCGGUGGAGCUGGUGGGCAAGCAGGUCCGCGUCUCGCCGGACAUGGCAAUUUUCAUCACCAUGAACCCUGGAUACGCCGGUCGCUCCAAUCUGCCGGACAACUUGAAGAAGCUCUUCCGCUCGCUGGCCAUGACCACGCCGGACCGCCAGCUGAUUGCCGAGGUGAUGCUCUUCUCGCAGGGCUUCCGCUCCGCCGAGAAACUGGCCUGCAAGAUCGUGCCCUUCUUCAAGCUCUGCGACGAGCAGCUCUCCAACCAGAGCCACUACGACUUUGGGUUGCGUGCUCUGAAGUCCGUGCUGAUCUCGGCCGGAAACGUGAAGCGCGACCGCAUCAUGAAGAUCAAGGAGCAGAUGAAGCAGCGCGGCGACGAGAACAUCGACGAGGCCUCGGUGGCCGAGAACCAGCCGGAGCAGGAGAUCCUCAUCCAGUCGGUGUGCGAGACAAUGGUGCCCAAGUUGGUGGCCGAGGACAUUCCACUGCUCUUCUCGCUCCUCAGCGAUGUGUUCCCGAAUGUGGGCUACACCCGUGCCGAAAUGAAGGGGCUGAAGGAGGAGAUUCGCAAGGUGUGCCAGGAGGACUAUCUGGUCUGCGGCGAGGGCGACGAGCAGGGCGCCGCCUGGAUGGAGAAAGUGCUGCAACUGUACCAGAUCUCCAAUCUGAACCACGGCCUGAUGAUGGUCGGUCCAUCUGGGUCCGGCAAGUCCACCGCCUGGAGAACCCUUCUCAAAGCCCUGGAGCGCUUCGAGGGCGUUGAAGGCGUGGCUCAUGUGAUUGACCCGAAGGCCAUUUCGAAGGAGGCCCUUUACGGUGUCCUGGAUCCGAACACCCGCGAAUGGACCGAUGGCUUGUUCACCCACAUUCUGCGCAAGAUCAUCGACAAUGUGCGCGGCGAGAUCAACAAGCGGCAGUGGAUCAUAUUCGAUGGCGACGUGGAUCCCGAAUGGGUGGAGAACCUCAACUCCGUGCUGGACGACAACAAGCUCCUGACUCUCCCCAACGGAGAGCGUCUUUCCCUGCCCCCCAAUGUCCGGGUGAUGUUUGAGGUGCAGGAUCUGAAGUUCGCCACGCUGGCCACAGUGUCCCGUUGCGGCAUGGUCUGGUUCUCGGAGGAUGUCCUCUCCACGGAGAUGAUAUUCGAAAACUAUUUGUCGCGACUGCGGAGCAUUCCGCUGGAAGACGGCGACGAGGACUUUGUGGGCGUCAUCAAGCCCGCGAAGGACAAGGAGGAGGAGGUCUCACCCUCGCUCCAGGUGCAGCGAGACAUUGCCCUAUUGCUUCAGCCCUUCUUAUCCGCCGACGGCAUCGUGGUGCGGACUCUGGAGUACGCCAUGGACCAGGAGCACAUCAUGGACUUCACCCGUCUGCGCGCCCUCAGCUCCCUGUUCUCCAUGCUGAACCAGUCGGCCAGGAACGUCUUGAACUUCAACUCCCAGCACCCGGACUUCCCGUGCUCCGCCGACCAGCUCGAGCACUACAUUCCCAAGGCUCUAGUGUAUUCGGUCCUCUGA